ACACACACACACAUGGGUAAUGCAGCACCCCUCCCUGCUCCACUCCAAACACAUCCUCCAGCUUUACACCGCCACCUCCGGGAGAAAACAGGGAAGCAUCACCAGGAUCGGAGCGCCUCGGCGGACACGUUUAAAUCUCUUUUAACGUUUCUCUUUUAAUCCAAGCGACCGAAUCCGUGGUAACGACGGUGGUGCUGGACAUCGGGAGGCCGGUAUGGGGGAGCACACGGCGUUUCUGCUCUUACUGGUGGCGACCUUGACGCUUUCAUCGGAGGUGCCCAUUGAUGACACUGUGGCUUUGAUAACUGAGCCUCAGGUGGCCAUGUUCUGCGGAAAGCUCAACAUGCACAUCAACGUACAGACCGGCAAAUGGGAGCCUGACCCAUCCGGCACCAAGAGCUGCAUUGGCACAAAGGAGGGCAUCCUGCAGUACUGCCAGGAGGUGUACCCAGAUCUGCAGAUCACAAAUGUUGUAGAGGCCAACCAACCCAUCAGCAUUACCAACUGGUGCAAGAAGGGCCACAAGCAGUGCCGGAGUCACACACACAUUGUGGUGCCAUAUCGCUGCCUGGUCGGAGAGUUUGUCAGCGACGCCCUGCUGGUUCCAGACAAGUGCAAGUUCCUGCACCAGGAGCAGAUGAACAAGUGUGAGAGCCACCUGCACUGGCACACUGUAGCCAAAGAGUCCUGUGGAGACCGCUCAAUGAAUCUCCAUGACUACGGGAUGCUGUUGCCGUGUGGCAUCGACCGUUUUCGAGGCGUAGAGUUUGUGUGCUGCCCGGCGGAGGAAGAGCGCAAGUCGGACAGCGCAGAACAAAACGGGAAGGAUUCUGACGUCUGGUGGGGCGCAGCUGAGAAUGAGUAUUCUGACAACAGCAUGACGCGCGCAGCAGACACACAGCCAGCCAUCGCCGAGGACGACGAGGACGAGGAGGAGGAAGAUGCCUUUGAAAGGGACGAGGAUGGAGACGGCGAUGACAAUGAUGAGGAAGAGGACGACGACGUAAUUGAUGAGCGGGAGAGCGAUGAGCGCAGCACCAACAUCGCCAUGACAACCACCACCACAACAACCACUGAAUCUGUUGAGGAAGUUGUGCGAGCGGUGUGCUGGGCCCGCGCCGAGUCAGGCCCGUGUCACGACAUGCUGCAGCGUUGGUACUUCGUGCCUAGGAAGGGCCGAUGUGCUCCUUUCCUAUUCGGGGGCUGCGGGGGCAACAGGAAUAACUUUGAGUCGGAGGAGUACUGCCUGGCUGUCUGUAGCAGCUCGUUGCCCACCAUAGCUCCCAGUCCUCCCGAUGCUGUGGAUCAGUACCUUGAAUCACCCGGGGAUGACAAUGAACACACAGAUUUCCGAAAAGCCAAAGAAAGCCUUGAGGCCAAACACCGUGAGAAGAUGUCUCAGGUGAUGAGGGAGUGGGAGGAGGCCGAGAGACAAGCCAAGAACCUUCCUCGCACGGACAAGAAAGCUGUGAUUCAGCGCUUCCAGGAGAAAGUGGAGGCUCUGGAGCAGGAGGCGGCGCAGGAGCGACAACAGCUGGUGGAGACGCACAUGGCCCGGGUGGAAGCCCUGCUCAACAGCCGCAGGCGCCUGGCACUGGAAAAUUACAUCAGCUCCCUUCAGGCUGAUCCUCCACGGCCCCGACAGGUGUUGAGCCUGCUGAAGAAGUACGUCCGCGCAGAACAGAGGGACAGGCAGCACACGCUGAAACACUAUGAACACGUCCGCACUGUCGACCCAAAGAAGGCUGCACAGAUCCGACCUCAGGUUCUGACCCACCUUCGUGUGAUUGAUGAGAGGAUGAAUCAGUCAUUAGGUCGGCUCUACAAGGUGCCCAGUGUGGCUAACGAGAUCCAAAAACAAGUUGCGAUUAUAGUGCAGAGAGUCCAGUCUGAGCUGUCUCAGCAAGUCUCUUCCCUGCAGAGCGAUGGGCGGGUGGACGGCAGGGUGAGUUAUGGUAACGAUGCGCUGAUGCCAGAUCAGGCCUACAGUUCUGCUCCGAUGGAACCCGGCCUAGACGGACUGGGCUUCAUUCACCCGGAGAGCUUCAACCAGCCAAACACUGAGAACCAUGUGGAGCCCGUCGACGCUCGUCCUAAUCCAGACAGAGGACUCCCGACACGACCCGUUUCUGCCCUGAAGCCUGAGGAAAUGCCGGUGGUGCGGAUGGACACUGAAGAGAAUGCUGGAUACGAGGUUUACCAUCAAAAACUGGUGUUCUUUGCUGAGGACGUGGGGUCCAACAAAGGCGCCAUCAUUGGGCUUAUGGUUGGAGGGGUCGUCAUAGCGACCGUCAUCGUCAUUACUUUGGUGAUGCUGAGAAAGAAGCAGUACACCUCCAUCCAUCACGGUGUUAUCGAGGUGGAUGCAGCAGUGACCCCAGAGGAACAUCAUCUGGCCAAAAUGCAGCAGAACGGCUACGAGAAUCCCACCUACAAGUUCUUCGAGCAGAUGCAGAACUAAAGGACCGCUGGCUGACGUUUCCUUCAGAUCUGGCAGCAAUCUUGUACACAGCAGGAAUCAGCAAACAGACUUUAAAAAGGGCCGUGCGUAACUGGAAGUAGAGCGAUGAGAUGUUCUCCAGAUGGUUCUGUGUCUACUCCACAUACAUUCCUUCACCAAAUCAACCCUUUCUAUUUUUCUACAUCUGCCGUGUAUACAUGUAAUGUGCUGUAAUUUUUUCUUUUCUUGCAUAUCUGUUGUAAUUCUCCUCAAAGCGAGAGAAGUGUUCGACUCCCCUUAAGUUAUUAUAAACGUUACCACGAAUGUGACAUGCAUAGAUUGCAUUAUUGUCAAAAUACAACACAUAUCACCUCUGCAAAUGUAGACACCAACCGAAGCUCUUAAAUCAGGUGAAUGUUUAAUUAAAUGCAUUUUCCCCUUCAUUGGUUUAGUGACCUUUUUCUGUGUGGUUUUAUGAAACGUUUGCUUAAAGUAAGAAAAGCUUUCUACACUCCCCAUUCCAUAAAUAAAUUUUGAAUGUACACAA